CCAUAUUCUAUUCAUUAUCAUUACUGGGGCCUGGGCUGUAUAUUAUCACUGGCAUGGGGAUUAUUAUACCACAAUGUAGAAAGUGGACACUCCUGAGAACUGCAUUUAUUAUUCUCAGUACAUAAAGUGGAUUUGUUGUGAGCCCAGUAGCAGAGCUGGGGCAUAGCAUUCAUGUGGGGCAGGAUUACGUAGGUUGGAGGCAUACUAUUCAUUUUGAAGGGUCAUGUGACACAGAAGUGACACAUCAUUGGCCUUUUCCUGUGUUUUUCUGAAAUGCGCUCUUACAAUUGCAGAGGUUUCACCAUGGUUGGCCCCACCCAUGAGGAACGGAGUCCAUUAAAAGUUGCAUCACUGAGGAUGGAGAAGGAGCGUAUUCACAUGACAGAGAAGAUAUUAAACCUGACCCUGGAGAUCAUCUACCUGCUGACUGGAGAGAAUUUUGGACCUUUGAAGAAAUCUGGUGAACAGGUAUCGCUUCUCAAUAGCAGUAAUCCCCAACAUUUAGAGGGAUGGCACAAAAACCCACAUCUCAUCAUGGAGCCUCCACCUCCCUCGCUAACCCCAGAGAAAGACAACAAAAAGAUUCUAGAAAUUACCCAGAAGAUGAUUGAGCUGCUGACGGGAGAGGUUCCUAUAAGGUGUCAGGAUGUCACUGUCUGUUUAUCAGAAGAGGAAAGGGGGUGUUUAGAAGGACAGAAGGAUCUCUGUAAGGACAUCGCGAUGGAGAACCGGCCGCCCCUCACAUCACCGGAUGGAUCCAAUAAUGGAAAUACCCCAGAGAGAUGCCCCAGUCCUAUGCAUGCCCAGGAUUCCACACAGGAACAUCAGGAGACCCCUCAGGACUAUCAGGCUGAAGACUUGCUUGGUAUUAAAGUUAAGAACGUGAGUGAAAAUGAACCAUAUGUGAUGGAUGAGGAGCCGUGUAAGGAGGAGGAUGAGAUCCCUCCGGAGAUCCGCACAGAUGGACCCAGUAACAGAAAUCCAAUGGAGAGAUGUCCCAGUCCUAUUUAUUCACAGGAGCCGGCGCACAAACAUCGCAAGAUUGGAUGCCGUUAUCCAAAAGACGAUGUGGUUGUUAUUAAAGUUGAAGAUUCCGAUGAUGAAGAAGAGCCAUAUGUGAUGAUCGAUAAGCCAUGUAAUGAGAAGGAAGUUCCACCAGAGAUCAGCACAGAACUUCAGAAGGAGUUCAAACAGGAAGAAACACAAAUGGAGGGUGAUGAAGAUGAAUUCCAUCCAGGGAUCUGCACAGAUGGACGAUACAUGAGGAACAAUUUGGAAAAAUGUGCUAUAAGUUAUCCAGAUGUUGAAAUAGAAGACGAUGAACUUGCAUCGGAUUCCACGGAAGACAGCGCCAUCACCCCAAACUUCCAUCCUAUACUGAACAGCGCAGAGCUGUCCUCUGACCCCUCCACACACGGGGGCGCUUUUCCCGACUUCUCCCGUCAAGCCAACGACCCUUCUGUUUCCUGGAGCGAGGUCAUGGCUCCGUGUUUCGACCUGAACGAGUGUUUUUCCCAGAGGGCCAAGCUUCACGCGCGUCAGAAAGCCCUGAAAGGCCCGGAGUCGGUGUCCUGCACGGAAUGCGGAAAAUCCUUUGCGCACAAGUCGAACCUGAUCACGCACGAGAGGAUCCACAACAGCGACAGGCCGUACCCGUGUUCCAUCUGCGGGAAACGGUUCACGCAGAAAUCCCACCUGGUCACCCAUAAACGCAUACACACGGGGGAAAAGCCUUAUUCUUGUUCGACGUGUGGGAAAAGCUUCACAGACAAGUCCAAUCUUGUGGCCCACCAGAGGACUCACACGGGGCUUAAGCCUUAUUCUUGUCCCGAAUGCGGGAAGAGCUUCGGCCGGAGGGCGUAUCUUCUCGAUCACCAGAGGGAGAACAAAUGCGAGAGGAUCUGGUAUUUUAAAUAGUGAUACCUAUUUAGCUAGAGAGGAGCAAAUUGGUUGGCCGAAGGUCUUGUACAUUUCCCAUCUCGUGGCGGUGUUCAGAUUCCGGGAUGGAACGUUCCGGCACUGGUUUACAUGAAGAGAUUUGUGAACUAACCGGGGACUGAAGAUUCAAAAUUGAGCCAAGAUUGCAUGGAUUUAUGGAAUACUCUUGCGUAAAUUUUACAACCAUCUGGAUGUAAGAAGUUAAAUGGAUGCCCUUGGAUCACCGAUACAAUUACUGGCCUGUAACCAGUGGUGAAUUUGUGUCUAAAGAUGCUCAACUUCAGCAACCUACCCCCAAGACACC